AGUGACUGUGCAACAUUCAACGCUACUCUGCCAACUCUGGCGAAAAACGGUCGUUAGGUUGAUUGGCAGCGAGGACGUCCAGUGCUAAAACACUGUGCUUUCCAGGGGGUGGAUGCAGGGAAGUAUCCACUCUAGUCGGUUGCGGUAACAUUGUUGUGGAGUGACGUCACAGCUGGAAAAUGAAGGCGCAGAGGCAGCCAUUACUGGAGGCUCUGUAAUUAUUAAAUCCAAAUAAAUACUGGUGGAAAACUUCCAUGGCAAGAACCACUAGUCAAAUUUAUGAUGCUGUUCCCAUUCAAUCCAGCGUUGUCGUCUGUUCCUGCCCACAUCCAUCAAUGGUAGUAAAUCACCCAGACUCCAGCUCGCCGCUUGCUGUCCCGGGCGCAAGUAGCAGCCACUGUCCCAGCAUGGAGGGCCCCACCACCGAGUCCAGGGCCUCCCCCAAGACUGCUGACAAGAGCGCCGAACCUCUGCCGCAGUCCAUACAGCCGCGCAAGAAGAGGCCGGAGGACUUCAAAUUUGGGAAGAUUCUAGGAGAAGGCUCCUUCUCAACUGUUGUACUGGCAAGAGAACAGUCAACGGGAAAGGAAUAUGCAAUUAAAAUCCUGGAGAAAAGGCAUAUCAUGAAGGAGAACAAGGCGCAAUAUGUGAAAAGAGAACGAGAUGUCAUGUCCAUCCUAGAUCACCCAUUCUUUGUCAAACUCUACUUCACAUUUCAAGAUGACGAGAAGCUGUAUUUUGGCCUUAGCUACGCUAAAAACGGAGAGCUGCUUAAAUACAUUCGCAAAAUAGGUUCAUUCGAUGAAACGUGUACUAGAUUCUACUCGGCUGAAAUAGUUUGUGCACUUGAAUAUUUGCAUGCAAAGGGGAUAAUUCACAGGGACCUUAAACCAGAGAAUAUUUUACUGAGUGAGGACAUGCACGUCCAGAUAACAGAUUUUGGAACAGCAAAACAGCUGCCUUCCGAUAGAAAUCAAGCAAGAGCAAACUCGUUUGUAGGAACUGCACAGUACGUUUCCCCCGAACUGCUGAUAGAGAGAUCUGCCUGCAAAAGCUCUGACCUCUGGGCCUUAGGUUGUAUUAUCUACCAGUUGGUGGCAGGCUUACCACCAUUUAGAGCUGGGAAUGAGUACCUAAUAUUUCAGAAGAUAAUAAGGCUGGAAUAUGAGUUCCCAGAGAAAUUCUUCCCUAAAGCAAAGGAUCUUGUCACUCAGCUUUUGUCCUUGGACCCGGCCAACCGGAUAGGCUGUGAGGAGAUGGGCGGCUACGACCCCCUGAAGGCCCACCCUUUCUUUGAGACCAUCUCUUGGGAGAACCUCGACCUGCAGACGCCCCCCAAACUCACCCCCUACCUGCCCGCCAUGUCUGAGGAUGACGAGGACUGCUAUGGAAACUACGAUGACCUCCUCAGCCAGUUCAGCAGCAUGCAGGUGGCCCAGUCCAGCUCCUCACACUCCCUGUCUGUACAAGAGUCGACUCCUCCUCAGAGGUCCAGCAGCAACAUCGAGCAGUACAUCCACGACCUGGACAACAACUCCUUCGAGCUGGACCUGCAGUUCUCUAAUGAGGAGAAACAGCUUCUGCUGGAGAAGCAGAGCAAUGGAAACCCCUGGCACCAAUUCGUAGAAAAUAAUUUAAUACUCAAGAUGGGGCCAGUGGACAAACGGAAGGGGCUGUUUGCUCGCCGUCGUCAGCUGCUCCUGACGGAGGGGCCCCACCUUUACUACGUGGACCCGGUCAACAAGGUCCUGAAAGGGGAGAUCCCCUGGUCCCCAGAGCUGCGCCCCGAGGCGAAAAACUUCAAGACGUUCUUUGUUCACACGCCCAACAGGACAUAUUAUCUAAUGGACCCUAGUGGAAAUGCUGACAAAUGGUGCAAGAAGAUUCAAGAAGUGUGGCGGAAGAUUUACCACAAGCACCAGAACACUGGCGUGUAGGCCUGGCGCCCUGGAGGGCUGACUAGCUCCCGCUACGGCCGGACCUCCCCUUCCGCGCCUGAGGCUCGUCAGUUCAGAACCAUCUUGCCCUAGUGCCCAUCAGCACCACGGUUUUAACACCUCUUUUAAGGCUGGCUUCUUCACUUUGUUUUCCUUCUGUAAUUAAAAAGAAAGAAAGAAAAAAACAACUACAAAAAUAGGACAAAAACAGACAUAAGUGGCGUUCAGGGUUGCUUUGCUUGUUCUCUGUGCUAUCCGAGCUUCAAAUGCGUAGCGUCACGUGCAAACGAAGAUUCAGCUGUCGUGCAUCUCUGCUCUCCAUCUCCGGAAAACCGCGAGAGGAAAAAAAACGAAAAGAAGCGGCCUUGUGUGUCGACUGCUUUUUUUGGAUUAAAGUAGAGCUCCACGCGUACACGCACCCAGAAAA